AUGGAGCCCCUCUAUCAGGCCGGGUCCAUUCUCAUGAAGGUGAACACUUUACAAGGGAAGAAGAUGGUGGAGAGCGGCCUCCAGUCUGGAGACUUCUCCAUCCCCCCAUCGUGGGCCUCCUGCCUCCUGCCGCCGGCCGACCUGGAGAUCCUGCAGCAGAAGGUGGCCGGGGUGCAGCGGGAGCUGGAGGACUUUAAGAAGGAGGCGCUGAAGGCCAUCCAUUACCUGGAGGACGCCUUCUGCGAGAUGAACGGGGCCCUGGCACAGCAAGAGGAGCAGGCAGCCCGCGUGAAGCAGCGGCUGCGAGAGGAGGAGGACCGUGGCAUCGUGCGAAACAAGGUCCUCACCUUCUUGCUGCCCCGAGAGAAGCAGCUCCGGGAGCACUGCAAGCGCCUGGAGUGCCUGCUGCUGCGCCUGAGCCACGAUGCGCUGAUCGUCCCCUUAAAGGUCCAGACCCACUGA